ACGUGGGAAUUAGGAAAGAGACAUAGAAUCGUCACUUUCUCUUCUUGUAGGACUGGGGAAGAUAAAAACCAGUAGAAACUCCUAGGGAAUACAGAAUACUCAUUUUCUCUCUCCUCCUUCUUCUUCUUCUCCCCUUAACUUCAUUUCCUCUCUCUUCUUUUUCGCCUCUCCAAAUGCCCGCUAAAAUCACCCUUCCAUGGGCAAGGCUUCGAGAUGGUUCCGCGCCUUUCUGGGCUUAAAACAACCCGACCCGACCCCUAAAAAACAACCCACCAAGGACAAGCGCAGGUGGAGCUUCGUCAAAUCUUACCGUGAGAAAUCCUCCUCCACCACCACCACCAACAAUAAACCUCCUCCACCUCCAUCAUCUUACCCCUACGACGCUACCUCAAAAUCCGCCACCUCAUCCUCUUACGUGGACGGUGGAAGAGAUAAUGAUGCCAACAAACACGCAAUUGCCGUUGCAGCAGCCACCGCAGCAGUCGCUGAAGCUGCCGUCGCCGCCGCACAAGCAGCCGAAGCCGUUGUCCGGUUGACUAACAACAGCGGGAGGUGUAAUAGUAACACUACUAGUAGUAGUAGCAGAGAGUUAUGGAGUUGUGCUGCUGUCGUCAUCCAGUCCCAUUUUCGCGGUUAUUUGGCAAGGAGAGCAUUGCGGGCAUUGAAAGGGCUGGUAAAACUUCAGGCUCUUGUCAGGGGACACAUUAUGAGACGGAAAACUAAAGAAACGAUGCGUUGCAUGCAAGCUAUGUUACGGGCUCAGGCACGGGCCAGAUCGGGCCGCUCUUAUAUCCCAGAAUCACCCUUUUCAUCUACCAAAUCUUGUCCUAUACUUCUUCACCCGGAACCCCCAACGCCUGAUAAAUCCGAGCAAGUUGUUCGAGCUAAAACCACAAAUCUGGAUCACUUACCAAAGAUUAAGAGGAAUAGUUCAAAGUUAAGUAGCCGGGUCAACACCAUGAGCCAGGACAGACCGAACUACGGCUCAUCGUGGUCAGACCCACGAAUGGACGACCCAAUGUGGGACUCACGGGCCACAGCUUCCUCAAGAACAUGCGUCACAGACGAUGACCGAGCCGACAGAAUCCUCGAAAUAGACACGGGAAAACCCCAUUAUACCCUCAGAAGGAAAAGCCUCUUUGAAACCUCUCACUCAGGCUUAUUAACAUCAGACCUAUUAAGCUAUAGUCAGACUACCUCAAAGGACUCAACAACCCACCAAAGCCCGGGUUCAUGUGAAGUAGUUCAAACCCUAAAACCUCUGUUACUCCCACAAGAAAUCAGCGCGUAUUGCACUGCAGAAAGCAGCCCACAGUACUGCUCAGCUGCCUCGCAAGGCGGUAGCAGUUCAAGGAGAGGAGGAGGGACAUUUACUCCUACAAAGAGUGAUGGUUGUUUAAGUGGCUACUCUGACUGUCCUAGUUACAUGGCUUACACUGAAUCAGCUAAGGCAAAAAUGAGAUCAUUCAGUGCUCCAAAGCAGAGGCCUCAAUACGAGAGAACGAGUUCGACUAAACGCUAUUCGGUUCAUGGGUUUGACCCGAGAUCAAAUGCACAGAGGGUUUCAGCUAUGCAAGCUAGUUUCGGUAGUAAGGCGUACCCCGGGUCGGGUCAGCUGGACAGGCUCGGGCUUCCGGUGAGGGAUGGUACAGUUGUUUACUACAGUGGGUAUCUAAACUAGAUCAGAAGUUUGUUUUUAUUAAGAUCUAAUUAGUCUAACUCAUGGAAUGUCUUAGGAUAGUUUUUGUUUUUGUUUUUUUAGUGAUGAAAUUACACCUAAUGAUGUCUAACUAACCCAAGAAGGAAGCUAAUGCUUGUUUUUCAGUAUUAUUGGAACUUAAAUUUGUCAUUACUAUUAACUAAUGUUAUCUUCUUUUAAUAAGAAUGUGAGCAAGAUCUAAA